AUGGGCUCCCAACCAGCUCAACCUCCGCAAGAGUCAGUUGCGCAACGCGCUGAAAGGAGGAUGUCUACGCCGUCAGACGCAGGAAGCCCACCCCAAGUCGGGGAGACGGCAGAGAUGCGCGAGCGCCGAAGAAAACAGAACCGACUGGCCCAGCAAGCGUUCCGCGCGCGGCAGAAAGUCCGGGUCGAGGCCCUCGAGGCGGAAUGGGCGCGACUCCGCCAGCUGCACGAGGCGCUGAACCACGCCUGCUCGCAACGAGCCCAAGAGAUCGAACACCUUCAUUCGCGCGUCGAGGAACUUCUCCAGGACAUCGAAUUCCUCAAGUCCUCCCAGGAGCUUGAGAGGGGGUGGCCACCCUCCCCAUCAGCGUCGUCUUCCGCCUCGUCAUCGUCCGCUUCUUCUUCGUCGUCAGUAUAUGAGCAGCAGUCGGCGUCCGCGCAGACAUACCAGCGGAUGGCAUCGCAGUUUGAUCUGGCGAGUUACCUAGGGAAGGGAGGAUUCUCCGAGUUCCCCGAAUUCCCCUUGAAUGCGGAUUGGAUCCAGGGCAUGUCGAGGUGA